AAAUAAAAAAUCGAAACACAGUAGUAUCUCUCUGUCCGAAGGGAGGAUCGAUUCGUGACUCAAAAGAGACAAAACGAAAGAUGGACGCCAUGCGAAAGCAGCUCGAUGUGCUCAUGGGAGCUAACCGAAACGGUGACGUCACGGAGGUGAAUCGCAAAUACUACGACCGCGAUGUCUGUCGUCUCUACCUAUCUGGUCUCUGCCCUCACGAGCUCUUCCAAUUAACGAAAAUGGAUAUGGGUCCUUGCCCAAAGGUGCACUCUUUGCAGCUGAGGAAAGAAUAUAGAGAAGCAAAGGCAAAAGGUGUUGAUAACUACGAUAGGGAGUUGGAAGAUGCGAUAGACAGGCUUAUUGUUGAGUGUGAUAGGAAGAUUGGUAGGGCUCUUAAGCGUCUUCAGGAAGAGGAUGCUAAAGCUGCUAUUGCUAUUUCUGUCACCGAAGUUACUCAGUCACCUGAAAUUAUUGAGCUGUCAAAACAAAUCAAAGAGAAGAUGAAUGAAGCAGACCUGCAUGAUCUUGAAGGAAAAACUGAUAUGAAGAUUAGAGCUCUUGAGUUAGUUGAAGAGAUGAGGACUAAGAGAGCUGACUUACAGGCUGUGCUGCUGUUGGAGGCCUUCAACAAAGAUAGGGCGUCCUUGCCACAGCCCAUACCAGCUGCAGCAUUACCUCCGCCUGAUCCUCGUACUCAAGAGAUGAUCAAUGAGAAAUUAAAGAAAGCUGAAGAGUUUGGGGAACAAGGAAUGGUCGAUGAGGCGCAGAAAGCACUAGAAGAGGCUGAAGCUCUUAAGAAGCUUACUCCUAGGCAAGAACCUGUUGUGGAUUCAACCAAGUUCACUGCUGCUGAUGUGCGCAUUACAGACCAGAAGCUGCGUCUGUGUGACAUAUGCGGAGCAUUUUUGAGCAUCUAUGACAAUGAUCGUCGGUUAGCUGAUCAUUUUGGAGGGAAGCUUCAUUUGGGUUACAUGCUGAUCCGUGACAAAUUAGCCGAGCUUCAGGAGGCAAAGAACAAAGUUCACAAGGAACGGGUUGAAGAAAGGAGGUCAAAGGAGAGGAGCAGAGAGCGAGAAUCAAGUAGAGACAGAGGAGAUAGCCGUGACCGUGGAAGAGAUGUUGACCGUAGGAGUAGAGAUCGCGACAGGCAUCAUGACCACCGUGAACAUGACAGAAACUAUGACUCAAGAAGCCGGCGGGACCGGUCACGGUCUAGGGAAAGACACAGGGAUUAUGAUCGCCGCAGCAGACGCCGUGACCGCUACUAAGACGCUGCCAGAGACGGUCGCAGCAGGUUUAAGAGGGGGUUUUACAGAUGCGGUUAGGAUCAAGCUGGAGUUACAAACACUGUUUCGUUCUUCUUAUGUGUUAAAAAGAUUUUUGAAAUUGUACGGUGCUAAGUUUGUAAUAAGAGUUUCUUGGGAUGCUUUUUAUAUGUUGAUGACAUCAAACACUUGUGAGUAGACGACUGCGGUGAUUUCAUGGCUCUCACAGCUGAUAUAUAAUCAAAUUUGUCAUAAAA